AUGAACGUCCUCAUCUCCUUGGGAACUGCCUUGUGCUUCGCCUAUUCCUUCAUGGUCACCUUCUGUAUGAUCAUUGCCUCCCACGUGGCCGGCAUCGAAUGCAAGGCGCCGCCCCCAUCCUACUUCGAGACGCCUUGCUUCGUGAUCACCACCAUCCUCGUGGGCAAGCACCUGGAGGCCUGGGCGCGCAGCGGCGCGUCGGAGUCGCUGCAGCAGCUCCUGGCGCUGCGGCCGCGCUGCGCGCACGUCCUGUCCGCACCCAACGGGACGGUGGAAGACAUGCCAGCACAGCUGUUGGAAAUCGGCGACCACCUCCAGAUCUUUCCGGGCGAAACCGCUCCAACUGAUGGGAUCAUGACAUCGGACUGUGGCUAUGCCGAGUUCGACGAGUCCCUCCUGACUGGCGAGUCUCGGCCGGUUCGGAAGAAGAAGGGUGAUGCCAUCAUUGGAGGCUCCAAAUGCUCCUCAGCUGGGUUUGAAGGUCUCAUGGAGAAGCUGGGCAGUGGGACGAUGCUGAGCCAAAUCAUGACGCUGGUGGAGACCGCACAGCUCACCCGUGCGCCCGUGCAACGGGUCGCGGAUGCCGUCGCCCAAUGCUUCGUGCCCACCAUCGUGGCCUUGAGCCUAAUGACCUGGAUGGCCUGGUUCCUGCUGGUCUAUACCUUUAAUGUGAUCCCCUUGACCGCCAUCCUGCAGGGGCGUACGAGCUCCUGGCCGCAGCUCGACAAGGCCUUCUUCGUCCUGGAGCACGGCCUCAACGUGCUCCUCAUCGCGUGUCCCUGCGCCCUCGGCCUGGCGACGCCCACCGCCGUCAUGGCCGCCACCGGGGUGGCGGCGCGCUGCGGCAUUUUGGCCAGGGAGCCCGAGAGGGGCGACGCUGGGGGAGUGAACUGUGAUGAGGUCCGCAGUGGCGCUGAACCCUUGGAGCUGGGGUCCAAAGUCAAGGCGGUGGUCUUGGACAAGACGGGGACUCUCACCUUGGGCCGCCCCAGCGUGGCAGCUUGGAAAGCUCGGGUGUGUGGCAUGGUGUGCGGGUUGUUUGUUGUGUUGGCGAAAGUUAUCAGGGGGUUGAUUCUGUUCUCGUUCUGUUUGUUGAUUCUUUCUCUUUUCCUGGAAGAGGGCCAGUGA